AGCKAGUUGAAGCUGAUGCUACUACUGAYUCCAGACCRACCYCCUGGAACAGAGCCUCACCAAGUCUUAUAAGAACAGAUACCUUUACUGUACAUAGACCAACAGUACCAAUCAUCUCAAGUAGACAUGUGAAUGACAACUCCACCCAGACACCUACCUUUGAGAACCCUACCGUAGGGAAAAGCAAGYCCAGCAAGGUGUAUUCUGUAGACUCAAGUGAGGCUGCAAGAGCUGCACCAACGUCCAGUGCUUUAGUGUGGUCAGAACUAAGAAGACAAAGAGAACUUCACGAAGAAAAACUAAAAAAGCGUAAACAUCGUCUURUGAAUGAAAAACGAAAGAAGGCAGGCCUUGAUGAUGUAUCUGAAGGAGGAACGUAUUCAUUGAGAAGUGCUGACAUUGAUGAAGGGUUUGGUGUUAGUAUGAUGAGUGCUGAUAUAACUACUGCWACAUGGGGAGGCUCAACACAGCCCAGUAGUACACAGAAUGAUUCUGCUGUCUCUGAAGAUGGAUCUGAAACAGGCAAUCAAGAGAUUGCUGUAGAAGUAGAAGAUGAUUACCCUGAUGGUAUCGUCCAGGCAGAGGAAGAAGAAGAACAAGAUGAUCCAGGUAGUUAUCCCAGGGAUGURGCUGACGUGUUUAGAAGUAGAGAACGUGUACCAAGAAGCUUUCCAAGUGGUAACUCAAGACCWCCCAAAAAACGGGGCAGGGGAUCCAAAGGACUAACAUUUGCCUGGCCAAAGAUAGGUUCUGAUAAAUCUCCAAGACGCCCAAGACAACAGAAUUUUAUUCCAUCAGAGGGUUUAAUUGAAGAACGUGAACGAGAACAGUUCAUUCAAGAAAGACAAGCAUGGGAACAACAGUGUGGUCAGCUGCAUGGAGAAGUGGCAAAGCUGACUGAUAUGUGUAAUAAUCUCUUAAGAGAUCAACAAGCAUUGAUAUCAGCUUUAAUUGGAAGAAAUAACCUGCCUGGUGCUCCACCCAUGCCAGCSAUGUCCCCACCAACAGCUAAUACAAAUCCCUUCAGUCAGUACCAACAAAAAGAACAAAARGCAUACCAAAGCCUACAAAGCUACUUUGAUCAACAACGAUACCUAAUCCAGCAUCAACAGCUACUYCAAACAUUGAACCAAUGCUAUUCACAGCUUCAUCAACAGCAACUUGACCUUGGCUUUUUACAAGGACAGUUUCAACAGCUGUUCUCUAGUGGUGCAAGUCCUGCUGGUCCAUCUUCRYUACCUGGUUAUGUGCCACCUGGCCGAAGCUCCACCAAUCCUUUUGUUGGUCAAAACAGUGUACCCRCAUCCACAAGCUUCCCGUCACUGCAUGCUUACUCAAAUCCAUCCAUGUUCCCAAAUCCUUCRGUUUCAACAUCAAGUUCAUUCAACUUUUCUCCAUUUCAAGUGGGUGGAACAAGUGAGACCCCUGCUGGAUUCACCCCAGCWACUCUCAAUCAAUCAGACUUACAAUGGCCAACAACUUCACAGCCAGUGUCACAAGCAGGCAACCUACGUGCACCAAGCUGGAUGCCUGUGUUUACUGAUCCYUUUAAAUUUCCAUCACAAAGUACACAGACUGAUCAUAUUGCUAAUCCUGAUACUGGAGUUCCUAGUCCUAGGUACAGUGGAUUGGGUAGUUAUGGGUCACCUGUCACUAGUUCUGCUGGAUUUGGAGCACCUAUUGCACCUCUUGCACCCAGUUCACUCAACAGUAGUGGAGUACUAAAGAAUUAUAAUCCUUCCGCUUAUGCAGAAGCGUCAGGUGCUGUCAUAUCUUCUACCAAACAGUCUAAAGCARCYGAUGCAGUUGGUCGYUCUUURCCAACACCRCUUAGAGCACAUGCUGCAGCUAAUCUUGCCAAYAAGGACCGUUCUUCUCUAAAACGAGGUCAUGAAUCUGUAGAGACUUCAUCAAGGACCUCUAGUGUACCAGGAGAUGAACCAAAUAAAGGGACGAAUCAAGACAUUGAUCGAGCUUCUGAUGCUGGUAGRGAGUUUUCAUUGUUUGAGGCUUUGAGGGAUUCUAUUUAUUCUGAAGUAGCUACUCUUAUAUCACUMAAUGAAUCAAGGCCACACUUCUUGAUUGAAUUGUUUCGAGAGCUUCAACUUUUAACGUCAGACUACCUUCGUCAACGUGCCUUGUAUGCCCUGCGMGACAUUGUUACYAGYUUUCUCACUGAAGACACUYUAGCAGCUGGAAUUGRGGACAAGUCAUUGCAACAAGCUAGAUUCCAAGCCUGGGCUGGAUCAAACUCUGAACUAACUCCCAGUGAGACAGUAGAGACAUCUGAAGAUGAGAGUAGAGACGAGGCAGAAGCAGCUCAAGUUGUUACAGAAGGUAUCUAUGAUUAUGCAGAGAAUGCAGAGUCUGGMAGUACUCUCUCAACACCUACAUCAAGUCAUACUGGUGACCCACCCUUUGCCUCCGACGGCCUUGGGGAAACAGUCAUUCAUUUUGAUCAGACACUGAGUAAAAUGCGUGAAUAUGAYCGUCUUCGUGAGCAAGGCAAGCUCACUCAGUUAAAAAAGUUUUCAUUCAAGAAUGAUGCUAUGGGAGCUGCCGCUAAUCGAGGUAUUAAAGAUGAUGUAACUACUAGCUCUGCUGGAGAUGUUGGUAGUGAUUCAUCAUUCUCAGAUAUUCAGUAUCCUCGUAUUGAUACCCAAGCACUYGAUCAUCAAAUCAAGUCAAUCAUGUCGGAAGUUAUUCCAUACUUAAAUGAYCACAUGGAAGACUCUUGUACAGCUGAUCUUCUUGGGUACAUACGCGGUCUUGUGUUAUCAAGAAUACAAGUCCGAGAUGAACAGGAAUUCGGUCGAUUUUUUCACAAACAGCUAGCCUCAAUAUUGCAGGACUCUCURUCAAAAUUCCAAGAAAAAAAGAUGAAAGACUGUGGUGAAGAUAUGCUUGUGGAUAUGUCAGAGAUUUUGUUCAAUGAAUUAGCCUUCUUUAAACUUAUGCAAGWCCUUGACGGRGCAGGRAGUAGAGAGCCAUUUUGGAGACAGGAAAGCCAAAGCGGUACUGACACAGGAACCGGUCAAGAAGCCGAUAAAGAAGAUGAAGGUCAAGAUGAAAAACCCGAGGACAGUGCUACCGAAGAAACAGAAUCCACAAUGAGGGAGAAAACUGAAGAGAAUGGUGAAAGAAAAGAUGAUGAUAGCGACAGCAGUGACGAUGAAUCAUCAUCAWCAUCUGAAGACUCUGAAGCUGAAGACGAGGCUACAGGGGGUGAUGACGAAGGUGCUGAAGAAGACGAACCAGCACCCAUUACUAAGGAACAGAAGGAAGCAGAGGAAGAGGCUCUUGGAAAGAAUCCGCUACUUGACUGGACAUGUGCGUGGUGUUCUCUACCAUUCAGGGAUAUUGAUCUUCAAAGAGAAGAAGAAGACGAAAAAGAAAUUUUAUUGGAUUCAACUAUGGAAAACUCAAAGAUUGACGAGCCUAACGUCGAAUAUGCAAAUACUGAGGACAAAGAAGAUAAUCCGUCGAAGAUUGGUAACAAGGAUAUACUGUUUAUUGGCAUGUACAGACCUCAAAGACCUCCGAACGCAGUCAGGAAUGAUUAUUAUAUGAAACUGGAAGAUGAAUUAAAUGAUAUCGUUACGUGGGCCUCUAUUCAGACAAAUUUCAUAGUUCUACUGGGAGAUCUUAAUCUUGAUCGUUUAAAACCUGACCUCAGGGAAGGAAAAAUUCUCUGUGAUAUUGAGGAUAUACAUGGCCUUACGUGUUUAGUUACAAAGCCUACACGAAUAACGGAGAACAGUGAGACUCUACUUGAUGUAGUACUAACUAAUAAACCUCAACUAUUUAAAGAAACUUGUGUUUAUGAUCCAGGACUAAGUGAUCAUGCAAUGACUAUAAGCAUUAUGAAAGGCAAUGUAGUUCAUCACCCUAACAAAGUUGUCACAUUCAGGAACCUAAAGAAAAUUGACGAAGAGAAAUUUUGCGAAGACCUUGAGUUGGCUCCCUGGCAUGUUGGAGAGAUCUUUGACUGUAUUGAUGAUAACUGCUAUUAUUGGGAAUUACUACUUAAAAGUAUCAUAGAUGAGCACGCACCACUUAAACGCAAGAGAGUAAGGGAAAAGGAUGUCCCGUACAUGACUAAAGAAUGGAAGGAUGCAAUCAGGAAAAAACGAAAGUACUCUAGGAGGUUUCAAAAAAAUCCAACAAGCGAAAAUCGUGAAAAUAAGAACAAAUGGAGGAACACUGCAACUAAACUAAGGAGAAAAGCAAUCAAACAAUACUGGAGUAAAGUAACUGAUGAUCUCAAUGCAAAACCAAGUGAGUUUUACAAAACAUUCAAACCUUUUUUGGAUAAUCGUUCUAAGGAUAGUGAUAAGCAGAUUACACUUGAAUUAGAUGGACACACCAUCAAAGAUCAGCCAAAAGUCGCCAAUUGCUUCUUAAAUUAUUUCACUUCGGCAGCAAAUGGGAUAGGAAACACGCAAUUACUGAGUCUAUCAGAGGAACAGUUCAAAAGUCACGAAAGUAUCCUUAAAAUCGAAAGCAACAAUAACAUAGUACACGGCCCUAAACUGGAAAUUGCAAAACUAAAAUGUGGGGAAGUACAAAAAGCCUUGAGUGAGCUCAACCUGAAAAAAGGAGUUGGACAUGACAAAAUACCUAACAUGGUCUUAAAGUUAGGGUGCAAUMAGCUUGCACCUUCAUUAACGACAAUCUACAAUAGAUGCAUAGAUGAGAGUUACUGGCCUAGUGAAUGGAAGAAAGGGGAAUGGGUACCAGUAUUUAAAAAGGACAAUAUUCAUGAUAUCAAAAAUUAUAGACCAAUCACGUUACUACCAACUUGUGACAAGGUUUUUGAAAAAUUCUUAAGUGAUCAGGUAAUAGCCUUUAUGGACCAACGACUCAGCAACAACCUCACGGCAUACCGCAAAAAGCACAGCACAGAAACUACUCUGAUUAACAUUGUAGAACAAUGGAAACACGCGAUUGACAAUAGAAAUAUGGUGGGAGUGCUAUCUACUGAUAUGUCUAAGGCGUUUGACUCAUUACACCCUCCUCUGCUGUUAAAUAAGUUAAAGGCUUAUGGAUUUUCGGAUGAAUCUACCAAACUUAUCCGUUCGUACUUUASAAAKAGACAAUAUCGAGUGAAAAUGGACGAAGGUUGUACAAGUGAAUGGAAAGAAAUGGGAAGAGGAUGCCCGCAGGGGUCGACAUUUGGCCCACUGCUGUGGAACAUUUUUCAAAAUGACCUUACGUAUGAUAUGAAUAAAAGCAAAUUAUCAAUGUAUGCAGAUGAUCAUCAGAUUUAUGCASCUGGUCCAACUUUAGAGGAUGUACAGGACAUACUGAAUAAUGAAGGCAGAGUUAUAUCUGAAUGGUAUGACAGUAAUCUGUUACAAGGAAACUUCGCAAAGUAUCAAACAAUGAGUAUGGGAACUAAGACAAAGAACAAAGAUAUGACAAUCUCUAUGGCAAACAAAAACAUAACACGCAAUUCUGAAAUGAAAUUACUAGGACUGACUAUUGAUGAAAACCUCGACUUUAGAACACACAUAGCAGAAGUGUGCAAGAAGGGUGCAAGGAAAGUUGGGGUACUGAUGAGACUAAGGAACAUGCUGCCUAUCAGGUGUAAGAUGACAAUUUACAAAACAGUGAUUCUACCUCAGUUAACUUACUGUCACACUGUCUGGAAUUUUUGUCGUGCGUCAGACAGUAGAAAACUGGAACGUUUGCAAGAAAGAGCGUUAAGGGCGAUUUUCAACAAGAAAACGCAAAAAUCAUGUACAUAUGAGGAUCUACUUGCUAUGGCAAAGAUACCUACACUAAAGAACAGGAGAUUACAGGAUAUAGCUAAAAUUAUGUAUAAAGUUAAAAAUAGAAUGUGCCCAAAUACUCUGCAGGACAUUUUUAUCAAGAACACUAGGAGUUAUAAUCUUAGAAACAAUGAAUUUUUCAUACCGAGAUUUAACACAGUAACCUAUGGGAAACAUAGCUUGAGUAGUGAUAGUGAUGGCAGUGAUGAUGAUGCACCACAAGAUGAUCAGGCUACAGCACGACCAGAACAUCUACAGAACGGACAGACCCAAGAAGAACAUGAUGAAGUGGUUAUUGACGAUUUACCAACAAAACUUACUGGAUUAACUGAAGCUGAUCUUCAAGCUCGUAUAGCAGAGGAACAAAGUCGAACGCAAGGUGUCCAAGCAGUCUUCGAACAUAUAGCUGGUGCGCAUGAAUUAGCAGGAGACCCCAAUGCAUUGCGUGAACCAGAGAGUACAGUGAACGGUUCACCUGAAGGCGAGAAGUAGAUGUGUUGUAUCCAUAUAUCAUUUACUGGACGUUCUAUUGGACGUUGACUACAUAUUUAUUGAUCGCUCCUUUUAUCGCGAGAUAUAAGAUCACCGAUGUAUGUCUACAACCGCUAUUGUAUGAUUAAUUUAUACUGGUUUACGAAAAGGUUAAAAUUCAUUGUUAGUGGGUAUUUGUACCAUGUACAAAUGUACUGUUGCUGUUUCGUACUGAAACGCUGCCCUCUUARUCAUGCUUUUUGUCUCGUGAAAACGAGGCUAAGCGGUUUUAUCAGUAGUAGGGACGAUCAGUUUUCUAUUCGGUGAAUGUAUCGGUCAUUUUUGUAUAUAAUCAUUAAUGUUAACGAUGUGAUGUGACUUUACACAAGGCYUCAUUUAAAGUAAUGUUAGGACAAUCCUCAGACGUGUUCUGUGGAAUUGAAUAACGCGAAUAUAAUCGCUUGAACAAUCUAUUCACCAAGUGCCUACCCACCGGCAAUCAAUAUUAGUGGGUAUUAAUUGAUCUCGUUUGUACUGAUGCGUUUUUGUUGUGUUUCUCGUCCCUUUGACAACAGAGCGAUACAAAAACGCAUAAGAAAACGCAUGAGUGAACGAGGCCUCGGCACACGAAGAGUUCAAAUAGGAAAGUAAUAUUGUUGACUGUUUAUAAAUGUUUGUUACUACUUUGCAUGCUCGUCUUGAUGAUAAGACAGUAGUUGUUUACACAUGUCUUUAAUCCUUAUAAUUUAGACUUAGGGGUUUUAUCAAGUGUGAAAUAUAUUUAUUACAAAAUUGACGUGGAAAAGCUAUAUUAAAUUUUGAAGCUUUUACAUUGUUUGAACUAUCGCUGUAGUUUACUUAUAGAGUUGUUACACUUAACCCGUGAAACACUAACCUAAUUUUGAUACUUCAGCUGAAUGAACAAAGAUACAAGGCCAGUAGUCUACUAUUUCAUUGGUUAAGUGUAACGACAAUUUCUAAAUAGAGUGAAGUCAUUAGAGUGGUUGUCAUUAACCCGUGAAAUAAAUUUUAGRUUCUACACUUUA